AUGGCGCCCUUCCGCCGCUCUGCGGAGCGCAUGUUUCCGCCAUUGCUGAUGCUGGCGGUCAUUGGGGCGCUAUGCUGUCGUGCGGGGCACGCCGCAAUCACGGUCGAACAACCGAGAAUUCGGCCUCCUUUUUCUUUACCCCACCCACAUCGCUCCCCCUCUCCCCCCCCUUCCCCUCUCCAUCGUUCCCCCUGUCCGACGCAGCACGAGCAGCACACGUGCGGGAGGGAGCAGUGCGGGGGAGAGGGGGCGGCGCAGCGGGGAGGGGGGAGGCGGCGGAUAGCGGAGGAGGUGGAGGAGGAGGUGGUGACAGGAUGGUACCGGGGGGAAGGUGCUGCUGCUGCCAGUGUCGCUGCUGCUGCUGGUGUGGCGGCUGCUGGUGUUGGUGCUGGUGCUGGUGCGGGGGGUGUGAGCCGGUACCUCAAGGAGUCGCACCAUGUCGUCAGUGCCAUGGGCAUGGCCACGACACAGGCAGUGACACCAGCGCCCAAGCUGCGCAAGUGCCAGAAGCUGCUGCGAGAGGGCUCCUUCAGCCUCAACCGGUCCUCCUAUUUCAUAGGCCUCAACUUCGGUCCGCGCAAGCAGCUGUUCUACCUGCGUCUGGACAACCUCACGCCAAUCACCUGGUUCACCUGCGACUGCGUCACACCCACCUCCUGCCGCACUGCCGGCACCGUCCUGCCCGAGCGGCCGCCGUACAACACAACAGAGAACGGGGCGACGGCAGUGCUGUGCGACGCCGACACGUGCAAGAACAACACCGACCGCCCCGCACCCGGCCUCAAGAUCGGCUGCCAGGUGGCAGACCAGAUCCCGUCAAAGCUGGGCAAGGGCAAGUGCGAGUACCUGCACCUGCACACCAUCGUGCGGUCGCCUCUAGGGUCCAUAGGCAGCCUUCCCAACAAGGACGGCACCAAGGUGGGCAAGAGCUACGGCAUCUUCUACCCCGAGAACGUGUGGCUCACCCACAUGGACGGCUGGACCGUCAGCCCCGAGCUUGUUGUUGGCUGCGGCAUGGUGCAGAAAGGAGCGCUAGGCGGCUACACCGAGGUGCCCGACGGGGUCUUCGGGCUCGGGUGGGGAAAACUCAGCAUCCUCUCACAAAUGGCGGACCUGGGCGUGUGGGAGAACAGCUUCGGGCUGUGCUUCGAGGGCGACAUGGGGCUCAAGGGCGGGUCGUACCUCAACUUAGGCGACGCGCUGAUAGAUGGGUACAGCGAUACCAUCCCCAUGCGCCGCAUCUUCCCGAGCCCCAUGUUCUUUGUGGACCUGGGGGAGGUGCGCAUGGGGAGCAAGGUGGUGAACGUGCCGGCGGGGACCUUUGGGAAGCCGACGCCCAAGGCGGAGGGGGGCGUGGUGGUGGACCCGUUUACUACUGUCACGCGCUUGCCGCCCGUUGCGCUGCUCGCUAUUAAUGAAACGCUGGUGGGGUUGAUGCCCAAUCUGACGUACGAUAAGGGCAACACCAAGACCUUCGGCCUCAUCUGCUGGAAGGGCGCGCCCUACAAGCAGAAAAAGCCAGAGCUGUUCUACCCACAGUUCCCCAACAUGCAGCUCGUCUUCCCCAACAACACCAUCUUCUACGUGCUGCCGCAGUCCUACCUCAUUGCGAACAUCACCACGGGCAAGGUGUGUCUGGCGGCAGCAGAGACCACUGACAGCCGCACCACCAUUGGCGAGUCAUUCCUGCGCAACAAGAUGGUCAUAUACAACUACAAGGACAGCACCAUAUCAUGGGCAGACAUGAACUGCACCACUGGAGUACGCUUCUUCAACUUCACAGCCAAACCCCCAGGGCUCAUGCCCCCACCUCCUCUCAUGCCCCCCCCCAUGCCUCCCCCGAAACCCUCUAUCGCCUUCCCCCCUCCCCCCCUGCCAAAGCCCCCGCCUCCUGCACCAAAACUCCCCCCACCGUCACCCCCCACACUGCCCCCUCCCAAACCAGCUCUCCCUCCCCCAAUUAAACCCCCAGUUGCUCCGCCUGUCCCUCCUCCCCUUCCCCCCAAAGUCACCCCUCCCCCCUGGACCAAGCCUCCCCCCGUGGUGACCACCCCCCCUCCUGUCGCCACUAAACCCCCCCCUGUGAUUGCUGCACCCUCCCCUCCUCCUCCUUGGACUUGGCCCCCCAAAGCUUCCCCCCCUCCUUGGACGUGGCCCCCCCAAGCCUCCCCACCCCCCUGGACGUGGCCCCCUAAAGCUCCCCCUCCUCCUUGGACUUGGCCCCCUGAUGCCCCGCCUCCCCCCUGGACGUGGCCCCCCCAAGCUCCUCCCCCUCCUUGGACUUGGCCCCCUGAUGCUCCCCCUCCCCCUUGGACUUGGCCCCCUGAUGCUCCCCCUCCCCCUUGGACUUGGCCCCCUGAUGCCCCGCCUCCCCCCUGGACGUGGCCCCCCCAAGCUCCUCCCCCUCCUUGGACUUGGCCCCCCGAAGCUCCCCCUCCCCCCUGGACUUGGCCCCCUGAUGCCCCCCCUCCCCCUUGGACAUAUCCCCCCGAAUUUCCCCCACCACCCGAACUUCUUCCUCCUCCCCCUCCUCCUGAGACCUCCCCAGCUUUCCCCCCAUCGCUCGUGUCCCCCCCACCGCCAUACCCUCCUCUUCCCCCGUUACAAUCACUCACUCAAUGGUGGGUCAACCCGCACAAGAAACGCAAGACGCCGCCCCCGUUUGAGGCCCCUGCUUCGUGGACUAUCUGGCCUAUGAAUGAUGCAGCAGCAACAGCACCCCCCACUCCUCAUAGAGCACAGGUGAAGGGAAAGAAGAACAAGGUAAAUGGCCCGCAUGGUGCAGCAGGGUCGAGAGCUAGUGUUGCUGUGGAAGGGGGAGAUGAGAAGGGGAAGGAUGGGUUGCUGGUUCGGGAGGAAAAGAAGAAGGGGAAGGUGCAUGAGAAGAGGGACCCAGGUGUAGCAGGGUAUAGAGCCGUUGUUGCUGUGGAAGGGGGAGAUAAAGAAAGGAAGGAUGGGCUGGUGGUGCAGGCAAAGAGGGAGAAGGAGAGAGUGCAUGCUAAGAGGAACCCAGGUGCUGCAGGGUCUAGAGCCGCUGUUGUUCUCGAAAAAGGGGAAGAUAAAGAAGGGACGGAUGGGUUGUUGGUUCAGGCAGAGAGAGAGAAGAAGAGGGUGCAUGAGAAGAGGGACCCAGGUGCAGCAGGAUCUAGAACCGUUGUUGCUGUGGAACGGGAAGAUGAAGAGGAGGAUGGUUUGCUGGGCCGGGCAGAGAGGGAAAAGGAGAGGGUGCAUGAGAAGAAGAGGAAUUACGGAGCAAUGGAAGUUGAGGGUGUAGGGCAGCACCACAUGCAUCAACGUGUAGCACCGUAG